AUAUAUACAGCCUCUAUUAUUAAUACAAGACCCAGAAGAAGCAUUUUCAUUUCUUCAUUCUUCUAUAUUUCACUGGUGAUCACAAAUUGUUUCUCACGAGUUUUUCCUAUCGAUCCAUCAACAAUACAUUAAACUUCUCAUCAACCCCUUAACUAAUGGCUGAUCAUCAGAAAAUCCAUCCGGUAGCCCAUGAUGUUGAAGCACCUCCAGCACCGACCGCCCCAUUGGUGCCGCGAGGCGCGUCCAAAUCCGACCAAGGUGAUCCGGCUGUGGUUCGGCAGGGGCACUACCCUCCCUUUCAACGCACCAUCCCUGUGAUGCAUUCAAAACCACCAAAGAGGAGAAGCUGUUGCUGCAAGUGCCUGUGUUGGACAAUAAGUCUGCUAUUGCUGCUAGUGAUUCUCAUUGGUGCUACUGUUGGAAUCCUAUUCCUUGUGUUCCGGCCAAAGCUUCCCAAGUUCUCUGUGGACAAGUUGGAGAUAACCCAAUUCAAUCUCAACAAUAGCGAUGACACCUUAAAUGCCACUUUUGAUGUCACAAUUACUGCAACAAAUCCAAACAAGAAGAUUGGGAUAUACUAUGAGGGUGGGAGUCAGAUAAGUGGGUGGUACCAAAACACACAACUAUGCGAAGGUGCUUUGCCAAAAUUCUACCAGGGCCACAAGAACACCACAGUGCUUGAUCUGGCCUUGACGGGACAAACUCAGAACGCGACCGGCUUGAUCAACGCGUUGUCACAGCAGCGGCAAGAGACAGGCAAUAUUCCGCUCGGUCUUAAGGUUAAUCAGCCGGUGAAGAUUAAGCUUGGGAGCUUGAAGCUCUUUACGGUCAAGUUCAGGGUUAGGUGCACGCUUAUAGUUGAUGAUCUAGCUGCUAAUAAUCAAAUUACUAUAAGUAGUAGUAGCUGUAAGUUCAGGCUUAGGCUGUAAAUCUUAUACUAUGUUAGUAUAUCUCUGCAUUUGAUGCUUGAUUGUAUUUUUUUAAUUUUUUACCUACUGGGUUUUCCCAGUUAGAAGUGCGGGAUUAGAUUUAGGUUCAUAAGUCCCCCAUGUUAUUUUUAUACACUGCUAUAUGUCCUUUGUAUUCUAUUCAGGCAUUAUACUUCAUAUUAUUUGUUGAGCAUAGUACUAUUCAUAUGUA